UAGGUCAAAGUCUAAAUAAUUUUAACCUUAAAUAUUAUUUAAUCUUUAUCAGAGAAUUUAGAGAUUUUGUGUUUAUUUUCUAUUGUCCCCCAAUACUUCAAGUUUAAGAUGUUUAGAAGUAUAAAGCAACUAACAAAAAUCUAUAUAUGCCAAAACAAUUUGAACUGUGUACAAAAAAGAUUUGCAGGUCAUUCAAAAUGGGCAAAUAUUCGACACAUAAAAGGCCUCAAAGAUGCCGAAAGGGCCAACUAUUUUCUGAAACUAGCCAGACAGAUGAGAGUGGCUAUUUUAGAGGGAGGUUCAAUCGACCCUGCAGCAAAUUUAAAAUUAUCCCACAUAAUUGAUCAAGCCAAGAGGUCUAGUAUGCCAUCAGCAACAAUUCAAAGUAUCUUGAAAGGUCAUCAGUCUGAUAAAAAGCAGUAUAAAAGACAUUUUCUCGAAAUUAAGGGGCCUGGAAGCUGUUUGAUUCUUUGCGAAACUUUCUCCGACAAUACUCAUUUAACUAGACAAAAUAUAGCAACAAUUUUGAGAAAAAAUGGUGGAAAAUACAUAGAAAACAUAAUGGGUUUGUUCAUCGAAAAAGGCAUAAUUGAAGUUGAAGGCAAUCCUUCACAAAAUAUAGAUGCAUCAUUAGAAAAAGCAACAGAUGAUGCAAUUGAAGUAGGUGCAGAAGAAGUAAAAGAUAUAGGAGAAAAUAUUAUACAAUUUGUUUGUGGGAGUACUAACUUAAAAGCUGUUACUAAAGGGCUGGAAGAAAAAGGAUAUAAUAUAUUAAGUUCUACCAUUGAAUUUUUACCCCUAAAAUACCAAUCAAUAAAUGAAAAAGAAAUGGAGACUUAUCUUAAGUUACUAGAAAAGUUGGAAAAUUUGCCUGAAGUUGUUAGAGUUAUCGAUAACAUAGCUGUGGAAUGAAAAAUAAAAACAACUAGUUAAGAA